AGCACCACCACCACCACCACAGCGGACUGGUCUAUGUCAGUUUCCUGACGCGACACCACCAGCGACCAGCGGCUGCAGAAACGGGUUCUGCACCGGAGAGGAGACCGGGGGAAUAGCGACAAUAAAGGGAGAGAGGCCCCUUGAGCAAGACACUUCAUAAAAACAGAGGCCGCCCCAAAGAGGACCCUCACACAGGACAGAAUCUAAAAAACUCACACAGACAGAGCCAUGCUGGAAUACUACCAGACAUUAGGAGUCCAGAAAAAUGCAACGCAAGAGGACAUCAAAAAAGCUUACAGAAAAUUGGCGUUAAAGUGGCAUCCAGACAAGAAUCCAGACAACAAGGAGGAAGCAGAGAAAAGGUUCAAAGAGCUGUCAGAGGCUUAUGAAGUGCUCUCAGAUGAAGGCAAGAGGAAUACUUAUGACAGAUAUGGCAAAGAAGGUCUUUCAAGUGGAGGAGGAGGAGGGGGCCAUUAUGAUCACUUUGGCGGCGGAGGCUUCACAUUCCGUAAUCCCGAUGACGUUUUCAGGGAAUUCUUUGGUGGCAGAGAUCCAUUUGCAGAUUUUUUUGCUGAUGACCCCUUUGAUGAUUUCUUUGGAGGCGGUCACAGUCGCCACAGGGGUGCAAGCCGAGGCAGGAUGGGAGGAUCGCUCUUUGGUUUUGGCAGCUUCCCAGCGUUUGGGCCAAGCCUCUCAGGGUUCAAUUCAGGUUUUAGCCCAUUUGGAGACAUGGGUGGUGGAGGACUCACGUCCUUCUCUUCUUCAUCAUUUGGCGGCCAUGGGGGCGGUGGAGGAGGAGGAGGCGGAAUGGGUAACUUCAGAUCUGUGUCGACCUCCACAAAGUUCCUCAACGGCAGAAAAAUUACUACAAAACGGAUUGUGGAGAACGGCCAGGAGCGGGUAGAAGUGGAGGAGGAUGGUCAGUUAAAAUCCCUAACAGUGAAUGACGUGGCAGCCGAAGAUCCUUUGGAGGAAGAUUUUCGUCGCCGCAGACAGAAUUCACUACCCGGCCUGCACCAGCGCUACCUGAGGAACUCCGCCCAAAACCCCACGGAGGAGGAAGAGGAACACGGCCUACAGAGCCAUGGACUAACGAGAGGACACACGGACACGAAGAGGAAGAAACUGUGGCUAAAGGAUGCAGAGUCCAAAAAGAAAAGGGCUCCUCGACUCUUCCCUCGGUUUGGUGGACUUGGUGCUUUUUAUUAAACGUCCUCAACCAAACACAUACACAGACACAGACACACAAACAUAUAUCUGUUGGCAGAAGUGCCUUCAAUCAUAUGUGGCAUUAGUUCAUCAUUGCUAUGUAUCGGAGGCAAAGCAUCCCUGCUGCUGCGCCGUAUCUCCCCCUGUGUAUCAGCAGCAGUGCAUAGCGUAACUCCUGCCUGCAUUCAUGAGCGGUCGCCUGCACAGACUACGCUUCAAUGUUUUGUUUUAUCUUAAAUACAUUUUAAGUAGUUAAGCUUUUGCUAUUGCUGUAUUUAUUGUGGGUGGGCCCUAUGGAUGGUUCAGAACUUUAAUUAAUCUCCUAUGAUUGGAACUUUUUCAUUUUUUACAGCACAUUUUUUUGAAAGUGUGUUUGAAAGAGUUCAGGUGGAAGGAGAAUUACACUAGCAACCUUGUUUAUGAUGAGCAUGAAAAUCACUGCAUUAAUACCAUGUGAGAAUAAGAGAAGGUCAAGCUAUUUAGUGGAUCAUUUCAAUAGAAACAAGGAGGGAGAGGGAUACCCGGGGAAUGUGAGGGUAAAGCAGAAUGAAAGCAUUGAAGAGUGAGUUUUAUUACACAAAGAAAUGAACAUGAAGAUUCAGUCCUUCAACACACAUGAAAGCUGACAAUCAACACUCUGUAAGCAACAUUAUUCACUCUUUUACCACUACUCCAACAGGGUGAAAAAUAGCUACCCUCUCGAAAUAUUUUUUCUUUUUUGUAGGAUUCUUUGUACUGAGUAGAUUCAGCAACAUGUUAACCUUCCAUGGGUGUUUUUGUAAAAUAUUUCUAAAACAGAAUAAGGUUUCUCUCAUCUGAUUUGUCCUUGACAAUACUGUAAGUGGAAAUGUAGAAAUGUUCAUUUUUUAUGGACUCCUACCAAUAAAUGCUGAGAAAAAUACA